CGGGUGUGGUGUGGGUUCAUGUCGUCCAAAAUGUGUGCAAAGUUGGGCCAAUACAAAAUCAUUUAUUGUUUGUUUGCUAAUAAUGGGUAGCUUUCAGGGCCCCUACUCUUAUAUGAUAUCUUCACUGACCACUCUAGAGCGCCGGUAUGCGAUUGGCAGUGUAUUAAUGGGUUUAGUACUCAUCGGCGAUGACAUAUCUGUACUAAUAUUUGAGCCGUUCAUCGGUUAUAUAGCUCACCGUUUACAUCGGCCACGUAUGUUAUUUCUAGGACAAGUAUUGUCGGGAAUUGGCUGCUAUGUGGCCGCAUCGCUGUACUUGAUUUAUGGACCGCCAGAUCAUCAAUCAAAUAAUAUUUUGACAACAAAUAAUACGAACAAAAGUGCAGUCGACUUUUGUGAGGUCAACCCACUGGCCGACCAAAUUGAUGACUGUCAAGCAUCAAAUGUGUUGCCGUCGACCACACAACACAACGUUGUAAUACCAGUGCUGUUCCUGUUUGUGUCCACUUUCCUGUCCCGUUUAGGAACGUCAGCCUAUUAUAUCAUUGGAUUACCAUUUAUUGAUGAUAUCGUCAAAAAGAAAAAUUCACCCUUUGUUCUCAGUCUAUCAAUGUGUAACCGAAUCAUUGGCCCAGCAUUUGCAUCAUUAUUAUCAUCAGUUGUGUUGAGAUACUAUGAAAAUCCAUUUGUUGAUCCAGGUAUAACUGAUUUACGUGAUCCACGUUGGGUGGGUGCAUGGUGGUUGGGUCAAUUAAUACUGGGAACUUGUCUAAUAUUAUCUGGUCUACCCAUGUUAUUUUUUCCGCCAGAUUUUCAAAAAUCAUCAAAAAAUCAAAAUUCUAGAAAUAAUAGACAACUUGUAAAACCAAAACAUAUUGAUUUAUCACUAAAAGAGCGGUUACUUAAAAUAUUUACAAAUCCAAUAUUCAUGUGCUAUAUAUUUGGCACAAUAUUUCAGAUGUUUGGUUGGAUGGGUUACUGGACAUUCAGUAGCAAAUACGUUGAAUCACAGUACAGGACAUCGGCCUCAACGGCUAAUCUAUUAUCUGGUAUGAUAAGUUUAUUACCCAUAGCUGCGGGAAUAUUAUUAGGGGGUGCAUUCAUAUCAGUGGUAAAACCGGGUCCUCGUCUAUUGACAUCAUUUGUCUUUAUUGUCGAACUGUUGAGUACAAUGGGUCUGUUCUCUGGACUUGCACUGGGAUGUCCUCGACUUGAUUUUGCUAAUUUGCCAGACAAUCAAUUUAACAAUUUCAAUCAAGCAUGUGAUGCAAACUGUACCUGUUCACCCGAUAAAUUUCAACCAUUAUGUGAUCCCAAUAGCAAUACUAACUAUCUGUCUCCGUGUUUAGCCGGAUGUCCAAUACAGACACCUAUGAAAUUUAAUGACACAAUAAUUAAGUAUAUUGAUUGUGAAUGUGUAAGUGGUGUAGCAAAUGAUGGUUUAUGUGAUAUAGAUUGUGGUAAUAAUUUUCGGACACAAAUUAUAAUCUCAUCUAUAGGUGGUUUGAUUGGACAGUUGGCACGUGUGGGUAAUGUAUUCAUAUCAUUGCGUGUUAUCGAUGAAACGGAUAAGCACUUUGCGAUUGGUAUUUACGGUGCAUUAUUUAGUUUAUUUACCUCAAUACCGGGACCACUGAUUUACGGGGCUAUCAUAAACAGCACGUGUUUAAUAUGGAAAACAAAAUGCGGUAAAACAGGCAAUUGUAUGGUCUAUGAUACCGACAAAUUCAGAAAACGGUUGUUUGGUGUGACCCUUGCGUUCAUUAUAUUGGGAUCACUGUUUGAUGUGGCGGUAGUAUUGAUGUCCUCACGAAUCAAACAUUUAUACGAUGAAAGCGAUGAAACUCAUCACAACUCAGAUAAUGAUAACAACAUAAUUAAAAAUGCUUGA